AUGGAGCCCACUGUUUUUGACGAUGACGGGUUCUCCGUGGACUUCGAGCAGCACUUGCAGGACCUGCUGGCUGAGGCUGAUGCUUCCGUUGCCGCUGCCAACUCCCAUCUUCCUGUCGAUACCUAUGCUAAUGUUCCUGUUGAUGCAUUUGUUAAUUGUGCUGGUGAUGCGUCUGCCAAUGUUCCUGCCGAUGCAGCUUCCAACGUUCGUGGAAAUGUCUCUGAUUGUAAGUUCGACGCCAUCGCGCAGCUUGAAACCCGCUUCUGUGGCCCCAACCCCGUUGGAACCCAGGAAUCCCACAAAACGGUUGUCCCAGUGUCUGGCGGGCUCCAAUUCUACCAGCAGCCCAAUCUUCAAGAGCAGGCCACCGCCCACCUCCAGGCUGCCCAACAGCAGACUCCACGUGCCGUCCGAUCACGCAACGAGUCUGCAGGGCCCAUUUUCGACGCAACUACCUCCCCCAACAUUGAAACUCCUCUGACUUCACCUGAGGCGUCCUCUCUUGCCAUUAAAGUUCCUGCCAGCACCCCUUCCAAGAAGAGGAAGGCCGGAAAGAAGUCCACUCCCCGAUCCAAGGAUAGCUCUGUUAGCAACGCACUGAGUAACCACAAGGUUCUGAACAACGUUCUUCUUCCUCGCGCUAUCGCAAGUGCCCAGCAAUACUCCCAGCACGUCUCGCCGUUUGCUGCCAUUAGUCCUGAUCGCUGCACCAAGGCUCCGCAAACCACUGGUCAGCUCGAUAAAGCUCGCCGUCGUAUUCGCGAAUUGGCUCAGGAGCGAAGCAACUACCAGCAGGCCCUUCGUAAUGUUACCAUCAUUGACCCCCAGACGGGCAAGACCAACUUGCAAAUGCUUGAAUCUCAAAAUGCAAACUACCGCCGAGUGAACUCCACCCAGACAACCAUCAACAAGAAGCUCAAGGAGGAUUUGGUCAACGAGCGCAACAAGUACGCUCAACUGGCUGGUCGUUUUAACUUGCUGCUGCGUAAUCUACAGCAACUCCAGCAAGAGAACAUGGAGUUGAAGGCUAAGCUUGGCAGCACUUGA